UUAGCAUGGCAACAUUGUAUCGCCUGUACCGAAACUCCUUAACUAAUCAACCGUUCUAGUUGAUUUUUUGGCAUAGUUACUCGAAAGGACGGAGAGUAACACAGGCGCUGGAAAAAAAUCAUAUUUUCGAGGAAAAUUUACAGAAAUAUUCGUAAAACUGCCCUUUCUUCGCGUCCUGUCGAACCAACCGUACGACUUGAUUUUUGGCAUAGAAAUAGUAGAAAAAGCAUCGAAAAUUCCCGAAUGAGAUUUACGGAAAUAUUCGUAUUUUUACAGUAAAAAUCACUCGCCUUCCAAUCCUCGAAAUUUACGUGUCUUAUCGGUUAACGGGGAGACACACAACAAGUUUACACAAGUAGACAAACAGUGCGCACUGUUUCUCGUGGUAAAGCUUUUCAAAUUGCCACGCGAGCGAAACCCCAGGUAAAAGUCAGUGAAUGAUAUUUUAAAAAAAUCAAUAAAUUCAAAAGUUAGUAUAAAAUUGUGGAUAAAAAUUGACGGAAGAGAAUUGGAUAAAAUUAUUUCGCAAAGCCCGGAUUUUUCGCACUCUCGAGAAACGUAAAUGACCGAAUUCCAAAGACUUUGCUGUCCGUUAUCGCAAUACGAAUAAAACCGAGCGUGACGACGAUGAUCACGCAACAAAAUAUUUAGUCUCGAUAAAUCGAGAACUUUUGUUUGUUCUCGGUGUGAAGGAACGACUCAUGAAAAACGGGAGGGGAUUUAGAGAAACAUAACGAAACGCAACAAGCUGAAUUGUCGAUUACUCGUGUUUUCAUAAUCGGUACGAUUACAGAUGAAAAUAAUAAUAUCGAGAGACCGUCGAUAAAGAAACUCGAAAAAACGACGCUCUUUCGGUCGUGAGUACAGAAACGAAGGAGCUCAGUGACAGUCGAUUUUUCGUUGUUUUCUCUCCCAGAAAAACGUCAAAUUUGCUGCGAGGGAAAUUGCUGCGACGAGUCUCUCCCGACGGAUCGCAUGCGGUCCGAAGCAGCCUAUUAUUACAACUCGAUGAAUCGAGACACUUAUUACCCGCCGCGUGUGUGCACUGUACACAAUAACCUUCUCAUGUGUGUAUGACGACACGAAGCCGCCGGGAGUGUAAUACAUUGCGGAAAACCUGCUGACUUGGCGUAUGCCACUCAUGGACUAAUUGCAAAGCUGAGCGAGGAAGAAGAAAAGAAGGGCAUUUCGGUUGCAUUGUCUCGGAAGAAGCGCCAUGCCGAUCGCAAAACGAAGCUUCGAAGAGGAACGAGCUUCUUUGCUGACGAACGAAGAAUGCUUCGAUCCAUCGCCCCGUGACCGUGAUCCGUCCUUCGAAACAGCGGUACUCAAAGGAGUUUCGAAUCACGUUGAAAAAUGGCCGGCUCACUUGUUCGCCUCUUUCCUUGCAGCGAGCCUCGUAUUCGCGGCUUUUUUCUUGUUCGCCCUCGUCACUGCGCUCUUCUGUGUUCCAAGUCAAGCCUACAGAUGCCGCCGUACGCGGAGUGUCGAUUUAACAGAAUUUCCGAACAUAUAUUUCGUCAAACAUGAGAAUCGCACGUGGUCACGAAAAGAAUUGUGCUACAUGGAAUCAUCGGCGCGUGAAAAUCCCGACACAAGCAUAUAUUUGAUCAAUUUGUUGACCGAUGUGCCUGACGAGAACGGUUUGUACCCGAUGACGAACGGGCGCUUUGGCAAGACUCCGAAAAGCACGGUGGAGAUGAGCGAGGUGCUCGUUUUUUGGGAAAAAACUACUCAUCCGAAGGAUAAUUUUCCAAGGAACGUUACCGGUGAAGCGAAAUUGCGUUUGAAGCUUGGUGCGCGGUACACGAACGUGAGGAACGUUGACGUAACGUUGCAGGAUAUUUUCAGAGGGUCGAUAUUAUCCAACGUAUUUCGCCAGUUUGACGCCAGAACCUCGGAGAGUGCUGCAAAAGCAAACAUAUUAUGGAACAGUCCCGGAAUCGCACUGGACGCAGCAGAUUUUCCUCACAUUCGUCAAGCAAAACAUUAUCUGUGUAAGCACGAGUGCAAGCUCAUUAAAAACGCGACGAUUAACCAGGCGGCGAGUUUCCAAGCUGCUGGAGUGCAUUGCCACGCUUUUAUCGGUUGUCUCAUGCGUCAGAUGGCCUCGCUGAGUACCUUCGGCAUCGACGUCAUCGUGCGAACCGCUCGAAAGGACUUCUGUCAAAGCGCUCAGCAGUGCCCAGGAUUGAAAAUGCUCAACGAAACUCGUCGCAUUUUCAAAUCGAUCCACUGUCCAACGAUCAUCGCGUCAGGAAUGUCCGAGGAAAAUAACGAACCUCCGGGCGGUCGACGAACCGCAGUUUACGGAUAAAACCCCUCGGACUCCUCUGUGAUAAAUAUUUAUUCAAAACUUGUACAUACAGAGCACAAAAAAUCUCACUAUUUCGUAAGACUUGUAAAAAUAUUAUGAAAAAAAUGAUAAAAAUGUGGCGGUCUUCGUUGCAGCCAA